ACUCAAUUCAGCAAACAGCAAAAGAACAAGCUUAUGUAUGUACCUAACUAACAUCGAGAUCUAAAUAGAUCUGUUUAAUUUUCUGAUUUUGUUCUUGUUGUUUUUGUUGAGAUGCCAGGCCCUGGUGCUCACAUGAUGUAUGCCAUGGGUUCUAGCUUGGCUCUAACCACUGUCUCCAAUGGAAGAUUCAGCCCUCACCACACACUCACAUACACCAUCAACGCCUUCUUCGGACCGGACAUCGGUUCUUUCUCGGAGUGGCUUGGGUCACUCUUUGGUGGACCUGCUGAUGCUGUUGGAUCUGCCAUGGCCACUCUCAUCCACCAUCCUUUGUUCUAUGUUGUUAUAUUGGGACUCCCUCUUUGUGUUCUCUACUCCAGGGUGUCAUCUUAUCUUGUUCACAAUCACCUUCUUGAUUCUGUUUCAAGGGUUCCCCUCACAAGGAUGCAAUGCUUUUUGUUGAUUUCAGCUGCUUCUUUCACCCACUUCUUCCUAGAUCAUCUCUUUGAGGAGAAUGGGAAAACAACAACCUAUACUUGGAUUUUGAGCACUGGCUGGUGGGAAAGUAGGGCACCAAACUACCCAGAUGCAGUUAUUGUAGUCUCCAUCUUAUGUGCUUCCUUAAUUGGCGGCUUUUUCUACCUCAACAGAGCAAAUGCCACAAACUCCAUAAAGAACAAGUCAUACCAAUCAAUGCUACUUAUCCUGUCAGUAGCUUCCUUGUACUGCCUAUGGUGUGCAAUCCAGAUAUACUGGAUCAGUCCUCGCCGGCCGGCCGUUGGCGAAGAGGCUGAUCUUGGUGUUCUUGUGUUCUUAGCUGUAUAUUUCUUUCUGCCUUAUGGUUUGUGUAUCAUGUCAAUGCACCCAAAAGAGCUUGACUCUAAUCAAAUUCCACUUUAAUAGUUUCUACUGCUCUCAUUGCAAGAGAACCAGUGAAGCAUAAAUUUCUUGUCAUUGAUAGAAUCAGGGUAUUUUGACCUUGGUUAUUUCCGUGCUUGUAUAGAUGUAAUUGUAAACUGUUUCAAAUAAAGCUUUUUGUCUUGACAAAUA